CCUGCGCUGAUACUACAGUACCCAGGAUGCAAAGUGGUAACGCGGCCUUUGUUGAUUUCAGAUCUUCUGUUCCCCAGGCAGCACUGGAUAACCAUGAGCAGGGACCCCCAGUUUGCGGGGAGAGGGUGCAAAGCCCAGGUCUGCAAGGGAGGAGUGGUCCGUUACCUAGGCCUUUCCUGAGGAGGACACCCACUGGAAUCCUGAGAAAUUGCAAUGCACGUUUCAAAUCUCCAAUCCAGUCUCCAAGGUCCAGUCAGUCAGAUGGAGUCAAUAAAGAAGACUUACUGCGUGAAAUUGAAGAACUGAAACAGAAGGAUCUUGAUCUGGAUCGGGAAAUUGCACCAUUUUUGGCCGAAGGUUACAGCCUGGAGGAACUGGAGAAACACAUCUCUCUGCUCCAUGAGUACAAUGAUAUUAAAGACACUGGACAGAUGUUGCUGGGCAAGCUGGCCAUGAUUAGAGGGGUCACCACAAAGGAGCUGUACCCCCAAUUUGACCUGGAACUUACGGACUAGCACUGAAACUGAAAACUACAAUCUCCUGCAGAGAUCACCGUUACUGGGACGCUGUAUGUUGGUACCAUACAUCUUGAGAACUUACAGACAAAGAUUGUAAAAAUGCAAAGACUUUCAUGGAAGCAUUUUUACUUGGCUGCUUCAUUUUUAAGAGUAUCUAACUUGUAGAUUGAAAAGCUGUUGAAUUUAUCACCUGUCCCCCUCUUUAGCAAUGGGGAGGCUUGAAGUGUCUUGAGUGUUAGGCUCCUCGUACUGUUCAUUUUAUUUAACUUAAAGGUUAUAAUUCAGAAUUUAAUUAAUCUCCUCAGUGUUGCACGAUGUGAUGGGUGAUCUUUGACAAGUCUUACAUGGGAAAGCAAUUGUUAAGUAUCAUUCAAUUGAUGGAGGAGGGGGCAGAAAUGGAGAUGGGAGAAUAUGCAGAGCUGUGGGCUUUUUUUUGUUUUGCUAAAAACCUCAGCAGGAUAAAAGGAAACCUGCUAAGAAGCAAGGUAUUUUUAUGCUCAUGCUGAAAAAGUUGUGGAUGCACGUUAUCUUAGUACCCUACUGAAUUCAGUUCUAGAAGCUGGUUGAGGCUGCAUAUCUAUAGUUGUAAAUAAAUGGAAAAACAUUAACUUGUGUUGCUGAAUUGUACACUCUGAAUAAAUGAUUAACUUUUAUGAAA